AACUGGGUUGCUAAAUUGAUUUGAAAGAUAUUCCGUUGAUUAAAUAAAAUGUACAUUACAACAAGAAGGGAGUAACGAUCAAUUUACCAUUUGAAAGUAUAAGCAUUUCUUGAAUUGUCCAAGGCUUAUUUGAUCAUUCAUCUCAAUCAAAUCAACUUCAAUUACACCAAUUGACAAACAUUUUUUUAACUCUCUUUCAACCUCUUUUAGUCAACCAGAAACAUAUUGACAAUAAACAAUUUACAGAAUUGAUCUAAUAAAGUUGAAAUGUAAAAAAAGUCAAUCAUUUCUGUUGAAUCUAAAUUUCCCUCGCUUCAAUAUCUUCUUGCAAGGAACGAUGGCGAAACCAGAGACAAAACCUAAAUACAGUAAAAGCUUGAGCCAUGAGCGUGUUGAACAUAUUUCAGAUAUAAUUGGUUCCUGGGGUCCACUUCAGAAGCGACUUUUCCUAUUUUUGGGAAUUAUUUAUUGUGUAGCUCCAUAUAACAAUGCAAGUUUAUUUUUUUAUGCCAUUAAAAGUGAUAUCGUCUGUGUUGAAUCGGAUGAUUCAGAGACUUCAAUUGAAGCAGAUCAAUGUACAUUUGAUGAAUUGGAUUCUUGUGCAUCUUGGUAUCACAAUGUGACCAGGACAACAAUAACCAAAGAGUGGGAUUUGGUUUGUGAGCGUUACUGGCUUCGAUCAGUUGUCCUCUCGUCUUACCAGUUUGGCUACCUAGUCUCAGGUCUGAUUGUUGGUUACAUCUCGGACAGGCAUGGACGCAAACUGGCCAUUUUGUUUUGCAUUUUACUGGAGAUUGUCUGUAGUCUCGGUCUUAUUUUAUCACCAAAUGUUUACGUUUUCAUAGCAAUCCGAGUUUUCCAUGGUAUUGGUGGCUAUGGACGUUAUUUGGCCUCAGUUAUUUUGCUCAUGGAAAGUGUGGGACCCAACCUUAGAGGUCGAAUCCUUAUCUGUUAUGAAUGGGUUUGGUUUCUCGGGGAAUAUGUCAUGAUGUUUGUCACCUAUCAUGUACCCAAGUUUAAAUACAUUUACAUGGGAUCAAUGAUUUUCCAAUUACUAUGCAUUGGAAUUGUAACAAUAUUACCUGAAUCAGCUCGAUGGCAACUUGUGGUUGGACAAAUUGACAGAGCUGAGGAAACGUUGCGCUUGUAUGCCAAAAAGAGGAAAUCUAAAGGUGCUGAGAGUGACACUGAAACUGCUAACAAAGACGACGAACAAAAGGAACUGUUUGACCUUAAACUUGACAAAUUGCGGGGUCAUCUAUAUUCUGGAGAAAGGCCAACUACAUUUAGAGGAUUAUUUUAUUUGAUUCGUCAACCACGAAUCUCUCGAUUUUGCUUUGCAUUGUAUGUUAUCUGGUUUCUUCGGACAUUCAUUGGAUGGGGAUUAAUCUAUAGUACACUUGAUCUUUCUGGUAAUGUUUUCAUCAACAAUGCAAUCAUCUUAACAGCAAGUGUCCUAGCCAAUCUAUUCAUGACCUGGAAAAUUGAUUCCUUCCGCCGUCGAUCAAUGUUAAUCACGUUUUUCUUGAUGACCUCUGUUUUGCUUUGUGCCUCAAUUGCAUUCGUUGAAUCUCAUCAAUAUAUUAUUCCUCGGAUGAUUUUGAUUGCCUCGGGUAAAUUUUUCUCAACAGCCAUCUACAGUUUAGUUUAUGUUUACACAUCAGAAAUAUUUCCAACCAACAUUCGUCACCUUGGUGUUGGAACUUGCUCCAUGGUAUCAAGAAUUGCCUCCAUUUCAGUUCCAUUCUUAGCUCAAUUGACUGCCGCUACAAGUCUGAAAUUAACUUUUGGUAUAUUUGCUGCAAUGGGAAUCGUUGGAGCAUUAGCAGCAACAUUAUUACCCGAAACAAAAGGCAAAGAGAUUCCUGAUACAAUUGAAGGAAUGGUUGAAAUACAUGCAAUUAACAAACCAUGAACAGUUCUAGAAUUAAAAUGAAUUAAUUACUGCUUUAAAACAUUUAAGAUUUUGCUUUGAAAAUUUAGCAACAAGAGAUUCAAGUUUGUAUAUUGUUAUUGAUAAUUUUACCAAAAACAUAAUUUAUAAUGACUAACCUAAACAUUGUAUUUUCAAGACUCAACUCAAAAAUAAAGAUUACUCUCACUUUAUUUGUGAAA